GCAGUGUGUCAGCUGACGGGAGGAGGAGCCGCAGUGUCAGCUGACGGAGGGGGAGGAGCCGCAGUGUCAGCUGACGGGAGGGGGAGGCGGGGCAGUGUGGUCCGUCACUCCAGGGUCCGUGGUAACUAGGGUCGUCGCUCCUCCCUGAACUCCUCCCCAGCACGUCUUGAGGUAGGCCACACCUGUGUCCGGGAGACCUGAAGCAUUAAAUAUGGAGGAAUCUUCUGCAUCAUUGCCAUCAUCACAAGAUUUGAAGGAUGACCCUCAGGAUGAGGAAGAAGUGGAAACCGAGGAAGGAGAAGAUUCGGAGGAUGAAGAUUCGGAAGAGGAGGAGGAACCAAAGCUAAAGUAUGAAAGGAUCUCGGGGGACUUGAGGGAAAUACUGAAGAAAGAUGGAGCAUCAUGCAUUUCAGCCAACUCGAAGUUGAUCAUCGUUGGAACAAACUGGGGACGCAUCCACGUGCUAGACCAUCAAGGUAACAAGGUGAAGGAGUUCAGCCCGCACAGCAAUCCUGUAACAAUGUUAGAUAUGGAUGCAAAUGGUGACUAUAUUGCCUCCUGCUCCCAUGAUCGCAAAGUUGUUAUUCAAGGAUUGUAUACAACAGAAAACUCGCAUAGUCUUGUGAUGGACAGUCCUGUGCGGAGUGUGGCCCUUGACCCUGUAUAUUUCAAACCUCGUUCCGGUCGUCGCUUUGUUGUUGGUACAAACAAGGUAAUUUUAUACGAAAAGGCCUUGUUUGGCCAGCUACGCCCCACGAUCCUAAGUGAGAGUAGUGGUCCUGCGAGAGCCAUGAAGUGGGCAGGACAGUUUCUUGCCUGGGCCACAGACUCUGGUGUUCGAGUCAUGGAUAUGAAUACUAAGACAGUCAUCACUCUAAUUAAACGUGAUCACAGCCUUGCCCUGCCGUGUGAUCAGUAUCCUCCACACCUGUGUUGGCCUGAUGACCGCACACUCAUAGUGGGCUGGGGAGACUCUGUCAAGGUGUGCCGGGUGAGGGAUCGGGUCACUAAUCCUUCCCAAUUGGCUCCUGGUCCGGUAGAUCUUCCGCCCCAUUAUCUUGAGAUUGUUUACAUGUUCACAACUGACUUCUACGUGUGUGGUGUUGGUCCCCUGGACGAACACCUGGUGGUCUUGGCAUACAACAAACAAACCGAUCUAUCUCUGGCCAGCCUAGGGGUGGAUUCCCGCAGACCGCAGAUGCGUGUACUGGAGCCUCUGCAGGGAACAUUUGAAGAGAUUUCUAAGGAUGUACUUGGUAUAAGAUGUUAUCAAGAGUAUAAACCAGCAAACUACCAUCUUGAGUGUUUGGUGGAAGAUAGGCAGUUUUAUAUUGUGUGCCCCCAAGAUGUUGUUGUAGCCAAACCACGCAGUGCUGACGAUCGCAUUGAGUGGUUGCUGGAGCAUGACAAACAUGCAGAAGCUUUAGAGGUAGUGAAGACAUCAAGGGAGGUACAGCGUUACACACUGCUCAGUGUUGGUCGAGUAUAUUUAGACCACUUGAUGUCUCGUGGCAGUUUCCAGGAUGCGGCGAAACUCUGCACACAGAUACUUGGUUCUGACAAGGCACUCUGGGAGGAGGCUGUGGUAAGGUUCAACUGUGUGCGUCAACUGCGCGUGUUGAGUCCCCACCUGCCUCUAGGUCAUGGUGUCAAUCUGGAUCCAGCUGUGUAUCAGAUGGUCUUGCUGGACCUCUUGCAGACCGAUCAUCAGGGAUUUCUGCAAGUGGUUCAGGACUGGCCAGGUCACCUCUACAACGUGUCAUUUGUCAUCAAUGCUGUUCUAGAGACCCUGGCUCGGAACACCAAUAAUAUGACGUUGCUGCAGGCUCUUGCUCAUCUCUACUCGAACAUUGACAAGCAUGAUAAAGCCCUAGCAAUUUACCUGAAACUAAAACAUAAGGAUGUCUUCCAUCUCAUCGCUCGCCACAAUCUGUAUGGGUGUGUGGCUAAACAUGUUGUGGAUCUCAUGGUGUUGGACUCUUCUGCUACACUUGAGAUCUGUUGCAGCCAUGUAGACAUUGUUCCACCAGACACUGUCGUGUUUGCCCUCUCUUCACAUCAACAGUUUCUUUACAAGUACCUGGACGCCCUGUUUGAACGUCGUCGUGAACUGAGCAAACGAUACCACAGUCAAUUGGUGACGUUGUAUGCUGACUUGGACAGGAAGAAACUAUUGCCACUCCUCAUUACUUCAUCCUCUUAUGAUCUUCGAGCUGCUCUCCAAGUGUGCCAGGCUCGAUGCCUCAAUGCGGAGACCAUUCACCUUUUAGCUCGGAUGGGCAACACAAUGGAGGCUCUGCAUAUCAUUUUGGUGGAGGAACAGGACCUGGAGUGGGCUAUUAGAUUCUGCAAGGAGCACGAUGAUGUCGAUCUCUGGAGCCGCCUUAUCAACUAUGCCUUGGAUAAACCAGAUUGUGUGCGUGAAUUGCUCCUGAACAUUGGCACCCACAUCGACCCCUUGCUGAUCAUUAAUCAGAUUCCGAAGGGUAUGGAGAUUCCUGGGCUUAGAGAUGCUCUGGUUAAAAUUCUUCAUGACUAUCAUUUGCAGAUAGAACUGAGAACAGGCUGCCAGAGGAUUUUGGUGUCGGACAGCAGCAACCUGCUCACCAAGCUUGUGUCUGCACAAAAUGCUGCUCAUCCUGUAUAUGGUGACACGGAGUGUGCAGCAUGCAACAAGAGAGUCCUGAACCCUAGUCGAGGAGAACUGCCUGGCUUAGUGGUGUUUGCGUGUCGCCACGUCUAUCACCAGGAUUGCAUACCUGAAGACUCCCAACAGGAUGUGUGCCUAGUGUGCAGGAAUGACAAGAAGAGAUUGUUCUUAACGUUAUGAAGGUUCAUCACUCCCAGAUGUUCUCACGAUAAUACCACAAGAGUUAUUUGUAGAGGCCAUUCAUGGUCUCUUUGCAACUUGCAGGAUGGCAGAAGCUUGCUAUCCUCUCGGCAUAUUUAUAAGAAUAUUGUAUUCUGAGGCACUGUACAGUAUUAAAGUAAAUUAUUUGGUAUAUCUACAGGUAUUGUGACCCCUGAAAUGUUUAAAAUGUUGGUAUGGAUAACAUGUAUUUAUCCCACAGCCUUUCUGCUGCAUCGACUGAUCCAAUUGCCGUGGGUGAUGAUCCCAUCUAAUUAUGCAGUCUUCACAUCUUUGGACCCUGUUCUCUUGUUCACCUUGGUCAGGAACACUUCUCAUCCAUGUUCACCAAGUAAUGCAACACACACGCCUGCUUAGAUUUCACUUUUCCAUUUUUUUCAUUGUAUCAAAAUCUUGAUUAUAAAUAUGAGCUUGUUUAUAUGGCCACAUUUCUUGAUUUUAUCAUUGUUUGUAACUUGUUAUUUCCAUUAUAUUCAUAGCAUUAUACACAUAUUGAUUCAGUCAUAAUGUGUUGGCAAAUGUACCAUUAUUGUUUUGCUGCAAAGUAAACCUGCAGUGGUGCAGUAACCAUAAGUAUCAUCAUUGUGUGCAAUAAACAAAAGUACUGAAAACUUUGCUUAAUGCUGCACUCAACUUGAGCCCAUAUAACACUUAUUUCCCACCUUCGUCCUCCCACACCUGUGAAAACAGGAAGCUGCUUAGGUAGCAUACACUACUGUAAAUACAUUCCAGAGUUUA